CGGCGGGGCCGGGAUUCGGCUGCAUGUUGGUUGGCUGAGUGCGACACAGAGCGAGUGCCGACAGUGGUGCGCCGCGGCAGCCGUGGCCGCUCCGGGCGCAGCAGUAGGCAGGUGUCUGUGUGCGGGCGGGGGGCAGGGACGCACGCCACGGGCUCUUCGGUUGGCGACAGAUUGUGCAGGAAUGCGAGGAAUGCACCAGGGGCAUAGUCCACAGGGCCCGCCGUGGCUGCUCUAGCGCCUUCCUGGCCCAGCGCCCGCCGCACAGCCGGAGGUCACCGGAGCAUCUUCUGAGCUGGAGGAAUGCCAGCUCCUGAGCAGGCCUCAUUGGUGGAGGAGGGGCAACCACAGAUCCGCCAGGAAGCUGCCUCCACUGGCCCAGGCAUGGAACCCGAGACCACAGCCACCACUAUUCUAGCUUCUGUGAAGGAGCAGGAGCUUCAGUUUCAACGACUCACCCGAGAACUGGAAGUGGAAAGGCAGAUUGUUGCCAGUCAGCUAGAAAGAUGUAGGCUUGGAGCAGAAUCACCAAGCAUCGCCAGCACCAGCUCAACUGAAAAGUCAUUUCCUUGGAGAUCAACAGAUGUGCCAAACACUGGUGUAAACAAACCUAGAGUUUCUGACGCUGUCCAUCCCAACCACUAUCUCAUCAGGACAGAGCCAGAACAAGGAGCCCUCUAUUCACCAGAACAGACAUCCCUCCAUGAAAGUGAGGGAUCAUUGGGUAACUCAAGAAGUUCAACACAAAUGAAUUCUUAUUCCGACAGUGGAUACCAGGAAACAGGAAGUUUCCACAAUAGCCAGAACUUGAGUAAAGCAGAUAAUAGACCACAGCAUUCAUUCAUAGGAUCAACUAAUAACCAUUUGGUGAGGAAUUCAAGAGCCGAAGGACAAACACUGGGCCAGCCAUCAGUAGCCAAUCGGGCCAUGAGAAGAGUUAGUUCAGUUCCAUCUAGAGCACAGUCUCCUUCUUAUGUUAUCAGCACAGGCGUGUCUCCUUCAAGGGGGUCACUGAGAACUUCUCUGGGUAGUGGAUUUGGCUCUCCAUCAGUGACCGACUCCCGACCACUGAACCCCAGUGUAUAUUCCUCCACCACAUUACCUGCUCAGCGGGCAGCAUCUCCGUACUCUGCACAGAGACCCGCCUCCCCAGCAGCUGUGCGUAGGAUUGGGUCCGUCACCUCCCGGCAGACCUCCAAUCCCAACGGACCAACCCCUCAGUACCAAACCACCGCCAGAGUUGGGUCUCCACUGACCCUGACGGAUGCACAGACUCGAGUAGCUUCCCCAACCCAAGGCCAGGUGGGGUCGUCAUCCCCCAAAUGCUCGGGGAUGACUGCCGUUCCACAGCAUCUGGGACCUUCACUGCAAAGGACUGUUCAUGACAUGGAACAAUUUGGACAGCAGCAAUAUGAGAUUUACGAGAGAAUGGUUCCACCUCGGCCAGACAGCCUGACAGGCUUACGGAGUUCCUAUGCCAGUCAGCACAGCCAGCUUGGACAAGACCUUCGUUCAGCUGUGUCUCCCGACUUGCACAUCACUCCUAUAUAUGAGGGGAGGACCUACUACAGCCCAGUGUACCGCAGCCCAAACCACGGGACUGUGGAGCUCCAAGGAUCGCAGACAGCAUUGUAUCGCACAGGCUCGGGUGGGCAUCCGCUAAAAUUCUGUUGCCCAUUUGGUUGUCAGAAAAGCAACUGUGACAGCACAUCAGUUAACAGUAAAACAAAAAUUCAUUUUGUACCUAUUUUAGUAGGUGUUGGAAAUCUCCAAAGGACAUCCAGCCAACGAAGUACCCUUACAUACCAAAGAAAUAAUUAUGCUCUGAACACAACAGCUACCUAUGCGGAUCCCUACAGGCCAAUACAAUACCGAGUGCAAGAGUGCAGUUAUAGCAGGCUGCAGCACACGGCACCAACUGAUGAUGGCACCACAAGAUCCCCAUCAAUAGAUAGCAUUCAGAAGGACCCCAGGGAGUUUGCCUGGCGUGAUCCUGAGUUGCCUGAAGUGAUUCACAUGCUGCAGCACCAGUUCCCCUCAGUCCAGGCAAACGCAGCAGCCUACCUACAGCACCUGUGCUUCGGCGACAACAAAGUGAAGAUGGAGGUAUGUAGGUUAGGGGGGAUCAAGCAUCUGGUUGACCUUUUGGACCACAGAGUUUUGGAAGUUCAGAAGAAUGCUUGUGGUGCCCUCCGAAAUCUGGUUUUUGGCAAGUCUACAGAUGAAAAUAAAAUAGCAAUGAAGAAUGUUGGUGGGAUACCUGCCUUGUUGAGACUGUUGAGAAAAUCUAUUGAUGCAGAAGUAAGGGAGCUUGUUACAGGAGUUCUUUGGAAUUUAUCCUCAUGUGAUGCUGUAAAGAUGACAAUCAUUCGAGAUGCUCUCUCAACCCUAACAAACACUGUGAUCGUUCCACAUUCUGGAUGGAAUAACGCUUCCUUUGAUGAUGAUCAUAAAAUUAAAUUUCAGACUUCACUCGUUCUGCGUAAUACAACAGGUUGUCUGAGGAACCUCAGCUCCGCAGGGGAGGAAGCCCGGAAACAAAUGCGAUCCUGUGAAGGGCUGGUGGACUCGCUGCUGUACGUGAUCCACACAUGUGUGAACACAUCCGAUUAUGACAGCAAGACCGUGGAGAACUGCGUGUGCACCCUGAGGAACCUGUCCUAUCGGCUGGAACUGGAGGUCCCUCAGGCCCGGCUGCUGGGGCUGAACGAAUUGGAUGACUUACUAGGAAAAGAGUCUCCAAGCAAAGAUUCAGAGCCAAGCUGCUGGGGGAAGAAGAAGAAAAAGAAAAAGAAAACACCACAAGAGGAUCAAUGGGAUGGAGUUGGUCCUAUCCCAGGGCUGUCAAAGUCCCCCAAAGGGGUUGAGAUGCUGUGGCAUCCGUCAGUGGUAAAACCAUAUCUGACUCUUCUAGCAGAAAGUUCUAACCCAGCCACCUUGGAAGGCUCUGCUGGAUCUCUCCAGAACCUCUCUGCUGGAAACUGGAAGUUUGCAGCGUACAUCCGGGCAGCCGUCCGCAAAGAAAAAGGGCUCCCCAUCCUUGUAGAACUUCUGAGAAUGGAUAAUGAUAGAGUGGUUUCUUCUGUGGCGACUGCCUUGAGGAAUAUGGCACUAGAUGUUCGCAACAAGGAGCUCAUAGGUAAAUAUGCCAUGCGAGACCUGGUAAACCGGCUUCCCGGAGGCACCGGCCCCAGCGUGCUGUCUGAUGAGACCAUGGCGGCCAUCUGCUGUGCUCUGCAUGAGGUCACCAGCAAAAACAUGGAGAACGCCAAAGCCCUGGCCGACUCCGGGGGCAUAGAAAAGCUGGUGAACAUAACCAAGGGCAGAGGAGACAGAUCUCUGAAAGUGGUGAAGGCAGCAGCCCAGGUCUUGAAUACAUUAUGGCAAUAUCGGGAUCUCCGGAGCAUUUAUAAAAAGGAUGGGUGGAAUCAGAACCAUUUUAUUACACCUGUAUCAACGUUAGAACGAGACCGUUUCAAAUCACAUCCUUCCUUGUCUACCACCAACCAACAGAUGUCACCCAUCAUUCAGUCAGUCGGCAGCACCUCUUCCUCACCAGCACUGUUAGGAAUCAGAGACCCUCGCUCUGAAUACGAUAGGACCCAGCCACCUAUGCAGUAUUACAAUAGCCAAGGGGAUGCCACACAGAAAGGCCUGUACCCUGGCUCCAGCAAACCUUCACCAAUUUACAUCAGUUCCUAUUCCUCACCAGCAAGAGAACAAAAUAGACGGCUACAGCAUCAACAGCUCUAUUACAGUCAAGAUGACACGCAGAGAAAGAACUUUGAUGCAUACAGAUUGUAUUUGCAGUCUCCUCAUCGCUAUGAAGAUCCCUAUUUUGAUGACCGAGUUCACUUUCCAGCUUCUACUGAUUAUUCAACACAGUAUGGACUGAAAUCGACCACAAAUUACGUAGACUUCUAUUCCACUAAACGACCUUCUUAUAGAGCAGAACAGUACCCAGGGUCCCCAGACUCGUGGGUGUAGCAUCAAGAUGCUCAGUAGAGGAACUCUUUCUUUCUACCUUCGUUUGGAUUGAAAUGAAAAUUCUGUUGUGCUGAUUUGCUGAUGAAAUGUGAAAGUGAAAUGGAAGGAAUGAGUGAAGAGCUUUUUUUUUUCUUUUUUGAGGAAUUAUCAGGGAAGUGAGGAAACAUUUGAGAGACAGAGAACUUUCUAAGCUCUAAUUUAGGUGUCAGAUCCAAUUACUUGUAGAUUCCAUAGUUUGGUGAAGGUGUGGGCGAUGUGAUGAGAGAUUUGGGGAAUGGGUGAAAGGAAAUGGGGUAUGUGUAGGUCAAAUCAAAUUAAAAAUGAUUUUUUUAAUGUGAAUAAAGUUAUGUUCUGAUAGUUUGUACAGAAAAUGAAAUAAAAUGGAUGCCCUUCAUGUUUUAUUGCUAUUACUAAAUGUCAAGAUUGUAUGCUAUUAUGUCUUGUAAAUUUCUUUUGUUGGUGUAAAUAUGGAAAUGCCACAUUGGUUAAGUGCCAUCAUUUGUAAUGCAGUGUGUCAUUUGAAAAGAGAUUUGAAGAAAACGACAGCUGAGAAAACAAAUGGGGAAUCCAAUGAAUUGUUAGCGAUUAAAAACAAAUUACAUCUUUUGUUUUUAACAAUGAGUAGUGUACCUUUGAAGCACAAAGUCCAGUCUGGUAUAGCAGCGCCAUGGCCAUUCCCUGCCUCUUUCAUAGGACAGUUCACUGCCAUUUUCUAUGCACAUGAAAGAAAAAUAAAUGUGGAGAUUUCAUCCUUGGGAA